AAGCUCUUCCUCUGACGUUUGCCUUUCCUCUUCUUGCUUUCUCUAACUUUCCUUCUCUCUCUCUCUCCUUUUCUGCAAUUCCUUGUUUGCUUUCGGCUUUUCUGAUAGUACCACUCCUUCAGUCUCUUGCUCCCAACCUUUUCAGACCAUUAUUUGAUUACGUCUUCGCCUCUCUCUUUUCCACCCUCCAGUUCAGCUAAUCCUUCUUGGUUUCCCAUUCUCUCUCUCUGCUUGUCCCCUGCGAGGUAUUUAGAAAUGAAGAAGGUUGUGCUCAAGUUAGAUUUGCAUGAUGACAAGGCGAAGCAGAAGGCCCUGAAAACAGUAUCAACACUUUCAGGGAUAGAUGCCAUCUCCAUGGAAAUGAAGGAUAGGACACUAACAGUGAUAGGAACAGUGGAUCCGGUUCAUGUGGUGAGCAAAUUACGCAAAUAUUGGCAGACAGAUAUAGUUUCAGUGGGACCAGUAAAGGAGCCAGAGAAGAAAGAAGAAGCAAAGAAGGAGGAAGGCAAGAAGGAGGAGGAAGCAAAGAAGGAGGAGCCCAAGAAAGAAGAAGGCAAGCCUGAGGAAGAUCAGAAGAAAGAAGAGAAAAAGGAGGAGAAGAAAGAAGAAGAGAAGAAGAAAGAGCCAGUUCCAGUUCCAGACCCUAUUCUAGAGCUGGUCAGGGCUUACAGGGCUUAUAACCCCCAGAUGACAACAUAUUAUUAUGUCCAAAGCAUGGAAGAGAAUCCCAAUGCUUGUGCCAUUUGCUGAUGAUUAUCAAGCUGUCCAAGCAUGAGAGAGAGAUCAACUUUCUCUAUUUGGUAAUGGAUUCAAACCUGUCAAGCCUGUAGGAGGUUACAGCCAAGAACAUAGGUACUCUUCUGUAUAUAAUAUGGUGAUGCUUCAGCUGAGUUGUUUUGAGACAAUAUUGGUAAUAUGUAGGAGAAAUUGAAUAAGAUUUUUGAUGGGAUUCGUUUUUGAACA